AGUGACACCACGAGGUCCGAGCGCUCUUAGCGUACCGAGGAUCUUUGCUUCAUCUCCCUCGCGGUACGCCCACGCGCUCAAGCCCCCUGUUCCCAUGGCUCAUCUCCUAGUACGCGAGCCUGAACAUCUUCUGAGAGCUCAUUCCAACAGGGCCCAACCGGCGUGAUGAGGCCCCCGACAUUGCGGCAAUCAUACAAGAGUGCGGUCGAGAUGGCGGCGAGAGACGUGUUAUCAGCUAAUCUCCUCCCUCUAUCACCUGCUCGUCAUCUGAUCUUCUCUUUGCCCCCCUCACCUCAUCUCCCCCAGCAUGGUCUCGUUGGCAGGCCCCGUCGUGCCCAACCGCCUCCGCCUCGCAGCGCAGGGCACGCCGGUGCUCUCAACGAUCGAGUCCAUUGGCUCCCCCUCUGAACCCAGCGACACGGAAAGCUCAGCGGCGGCUACGCCAACGGAAGCCACGACGCCUCGCCCCUACUCCGCCGAAUGGGAGCCCACUUAUCUGAAAGGCGAUGCUACGGUCAAACAACCCUCGAGCCCCACGCUGCUCGCCUCCAGCGCCCAUCCAAAUCUCAGCCGCCGCACCUCCCUCGCCGCAGGAUGGAGCCUUAGCGUGCGACGCCCAAAGACUGUCGCGGGCAGCUUCGACUCUGACGCCGCAACAUCGCGUGGCCACGGACAAGGAGCAACCGAUGGUACUUACGAGGAUAGCGAGGACGAGGACGACCUGUGGGGCACGCCAGUAGACGCCGAUGCAAUCGCCAUGGGUCUCGUCGAGCCGCCCAGCGCUGCUCAGCAGCAGACGCCGAACCAUCGUCGCUCCACCUCCGCCAAUGUUUCCUCGGAUCGCGCCUCGAUCAAGUCCAAGUCCUCGGUGAAGACGUCAUCCCCACUUCGCACACAUAUGACGCUUCCGCCCUCCAGCUCGGUCGACUCCGUCGCCUCUUUGUCCAAGUCGAAGCCGAAUCAGCAGCACCAGCACCAGCGUCACGAGCUGUUGGACAAAGCCGGUCUUUCACUGGAGUGCAGUGCCGACCCUCUUCGCGAAGUACGGGACCGCAAUCUGGGCGAUCUGAAGCUCCUCCUCGCCAAGUCAAUCCAGCGAAAGUGUGAUCGCUGUCCACCGGCCGGUGCCAACGUGACGCCCGGCUUCGGCCUGUGGGUCUGGACCUGGACGUCAGAGCUACUCUGCUCUACCUGCCUGGCAGAUGUCGUACGCAAGGUGCCGGAGGAGCUGCAGGUUACCCUCGUUGAGCGAUCAGCAAGAUGUCACGGAGUAAAGGAGGCAGGUGAAUUCAGGGCAAAGCAGGUCGACUUUGACAUGCUCGCAAGGAUAGCGAAUGCUCUGCCAAAGGAAGCACUCAAGGAUCUGGACGCUGUCAAUCAGGAGAAGAAGCCAAAGAAGAGCCCAACCUCUCGGCAGGGAGACAACGAUGUAGCAUCAGGCUCGGCUUUUGGCAUUGACUUCGAUGAGUCUUCGGCCCGCCCCUCAACGCCCUCCUUUGCGGCAAGGCAGCGCCUCUUCAAGAGCAAGGCAUUGCGCAAAGCCAUGCACCGUCUGGCGAAGAAGAGCAUGCCACUUCUUGCGCGCUCUGCUGCCUCGGCCGCAGCACUGCCGCCGCAGAAGACCCCACCCAAGCUAGCACCGCCCCCUUUGCCUCUCACGGCUAAUGAAGAGAAGGGUCAGGAACCGCCCAGGAAGAGUGCUCCACCGCAGCUCGUGGACGAGCUAGACAAGACUGCGUUGACAAGCCCAGAGAUGGGCGAGAGCUUCAGUGCCGAUUCGGCUCCUGCUGCUCCUGAUGGGCGUAAUGGUAGCGCCUCUGCCUCGCCAUCCCCUCCAUCCUCUGCAAAGCAACCUCACUCGCCUAGUCCGACCACAGCGACUUUCACGACAGAAGAAGCCCAAGCCAUCUUCCGCCACGCCUCCUCCGUCUUCGUGGGCAUCAUCGCCCUCGAGGAGACGCAGCAGUGGCGUCCCGACCCUGACUCCCAAGACGGAGUAGGAUCGCGAGGCACCCUCAUCCCCACCCUGCACGCGGUGCUGGAUCCUCUGCUCAUAUGCACGUACUGUCUCGCCACGCGUGACCACGACAAGGGUCGCGUCAUAGUCGCAUCUGAUACGGGGAAGCACUUUGCUCUUUUCCAUGGUGGGGCGAGACCGGGAAAGGGAUUGGUGGACUAUGUCCUUCACGAGGGAAUAGCGGCGCGACCGCGCUUUCCCGGUGAGGAGCCAGUCAGGGAAGAGAACAAGGCGGACGGUGAGAAGUCCUCGGACAGUCAAGUGUCGGGACGGCGUCGCAUCAAGGCUUGGGAAGAGGACGACGACCUGCAGGGUGCUUCCUCUUCUGAAGAGGCGGAUGAGGCAACAAGCAUCGCGAGCGACCCGACGCAGGACGGUGGAGGGGGUGGGGCUGAAGCUCUACUUCGUCCUACGGCAAUGCAACGACAGCAUAGUCUGCGCAAGGCAUCUUCUCAGCCGGCGUUGCGGUCAUUGGCACUUCAGCAGCGAGAUGAAGCUGAGGAAGAUGGAGAAGACGACGACGCCAUGACGGAGUACGGCUCAGUAUCAGGAGAGGCAGCACCACUGGCUCGCCCAAGCGUACGACGAGCACCAAACUCCAUCACGGGCGAUCUCACUUACACCGUCAACACCACGUCGGGCAGCGCUGACGGUGCGAACAGCAGCAAUCCCAUCACGUACGGCACGACCAAUUCAGCUGACGGAUCAGUCAUCUUCACGGGGACGCAACUACGUCGCGCCCUUGACCGUAGCAGUACGAGCAGCUGGAGCUUCCAUGACUCGAGCCAAGGUGUCGGAAGCUCUCUCAGCGGUGGUACGAAUGGGAGCGGUGAGGUUGCUACAGGGCUGCCCUCCUCUGACUCGUCUGGAAGCAUGUGGUCCAGAGGGUCGGCUGUAAGCGGUGGUGGGGACGCGACGCUUGAACAUAAUCAGGCUGAGGCUGAGGGUUCGGUAGAGCCUGCAGAGGAGGCUGGCGAGUCGUUCAUCUCUGCUGAUACGUCGGAGAGUGAGGGCGAGAGUGAGGGGGAUGGCGAGGUGAUCGGCGCUCCAGACUCAGAUGAAGACCCUGUUGAGGAGCGAGCCAAUGUCGCUGCCGAGCAAGGUGAUGAGGAUGAAGAUCCGGUUCAGGAGGAUGCCGCUUUCGAGUCAGCAUCGCCCACACUCGGUCCGCAGCAGGAAGACAGCGCCCCCGCCACGCCUCGCAACCCCUCUCCUGCCCGCCUCGCCUUCGACCUUGAUGCCAACACCGCGCCGCCUCUGUCAAGCAGCCCGCUGGUGGCCGAUGGGGCCGUGAGCUUUUUCCCUCCUCCCGUGAGACCACCGCGAUCUCCAAGGCGAGGGGAGGGGCAAUCGCUGCCUCUACUGUAAGCGUUCUGGCGCGCGAGGUUGACCUUUGCAAUCAUCAUGCAUUUUGUAUGCCU